CAAUCCAAUUCCAAUAGUCAUGUCAUAACAAUCUCCAGCAUCUGUCAUAAAUGAUGAACAUCGUUCUAUCCAUAAUAAACAAUCGCAAUAAUAUUUUCACGCGAUGGAUUCAAUUUAGAGAAAACAAAUAAAUUCGAAUGGUUUUGCACCAAAAACACAAACGCUGUAACAAUAAAGGCAAACAUGGCAAGACUGAGCAAUGUGCGAGUGAAACUAUGUGAUCAGAUUCUCUUGCACAAACUUAAUGUGCUGAAUAAUGCAGUAUCCCAGAAGGGAGUGACCGAGCGGGAAAUGGAAGAAGCCUUCAAACAAUCAAUCGGCUACCGUCCAAGUCGACUAUCCUGGACCCAGUGGAAUGACGGCACACUUUCGAUACUGUACAGUGUAAUCUUUUUGAUAGCGCUAUUUGUAUUGACCCCGUUUCUGGCCUCGUUUAUCGAGGUUAUUCUCGGAACAAGGUGCAUCGUUCCGAAUAACUAUCUGGUGUGGGAGGCAACACGACCCUUGUCCGAUUGUGAUUUCUGCAGAGGAGUUCAAGGACCAAUCAUUCUGUCGAAUCUCUCCCGAGAGGAGUUCAAACCGUACGCCUAUUCGUCGAGACCAAUCAUAAUAAAGAAAGCGAUAUCACACUGGCCGGCUGCAAGGUUGCUCAAUUUCACUUUCCUGAAAGAUCUCUACUACAAACAUCCGUCGGCGCUGAACAGCUUCCAUGAAGAUUGCCAGUUUUUACAUUUCAAAUCCAACUUUCAAACGCUCAAAGAUGUGUUCCGCAUGUCGGAGGAUUUUCGCACCGGACAUAAACCAUGGUACGUGGGUUGGAGUAAUUGCAAUCCUUUGAUUUUGGCGGAGUUAAGGAAGCUCUACCCGAAGCCACACUUCCUACCAGAGGAUGCUGAAAUGCCAAAUACAGAUUUUGUGUUCUUGGGCUAUGAACAGGGCGCUGUGAUGCAUAUUGACUACAUCCCGCGGUUGAUGUGGCAGGCUCAAUUGAGAGGCAACAAAAGCUGGAUCUUGGCGCCAACACCGGAAUGUGACAACGAGUGUCGCAGUUUCAGCUUCUACGUUGAGCCGGGGGAUGCCCUUCUAGUUGAUACGCGACUUUGGUAUCAUGGGACGUUCAUUUCCAAAGGAGAAUUUUCACUAACCAUCCAGUCCGAGUAUGGUUAAAAGAUUUAUCGCUGUGAACUAUCAUUGCUUGUUCUUUAAUGCUAUGUGCCAUUGUAUUGAAUCUAAUUUUAAGAAGAUGGAUUGAUGUAAGAACAUUUGUAGUUAGAUCCGUGAAUAAUAUGUAUGAUGAUGA